GAUUCAAAAUCCGAAACCAAUGGUCGCUCGGAGUCGACGGCCGCCACUCGACAGCCGACGUCCGCCACCACUACUACGACGACCGCCGCCUCCGCCGUCACCACCGAUGACCAGAGCGUCGACAACAAGAUAACUGUCAUUCAGUCUAAUAGUGAUUCAAAUUGCGCUCAAAUACAGACAAUCGAUGACAGCCUUACUGUUAACAGCACUGAACGCCAAACCGAUGACAAACCCCGUGUCGACACACAAGACGUUCACAUGAAAAGCGCCGAAUCCGUCGAGUGUUUGGCCACAACUGGUCCCACACUUGACACAGAAGUGGCCGACGAUAGCACUGGUGCCUCGUCUUCGACGGCGACCGCUGCUGUCGCCACCGAAGAGGAAUCGGUCCCCGAAGAGACCGUUAAAUUUAAAGUAGUCUUCAAUAAAACGAUUUACGAAAUAGAAAUAGGACUCAAGAAGACGGGUCUUGAGCUGAAACAGAAGAUCCAAACGCUAACAUCAGUGGCGCCAGCGAUGCAGAAGCUUGUCCUCAAAGGAAUCGCAAUCAAUGACACCAAAACUCUUAGCGAAAAUGGUAUCAAAGACGGUGUGAAAGUGCUUCUCGUUGGCUGUCGUCUCGACGAUGUCAUCGCCAUUAACGCCACCACAAGUGAGGCCAAAAAGGAUGAGCCGACGGCCGUCAGUACUCGGGAACCGCUCUGCAAACAAAAGCAACACAAGAAAGUGCUCGACAGAGGGCUGCCGGAGGACGUGAUGCCCGCGUGGAAGAACGGAAAGGCGAGUCUACCGCCGGAACCGCUGCACGGAAUGGUCAACAAAUACAACAACAAAGUGAGGCUCACAUUCAAGUUAGAAGCGGAUCAGCUGUGGAUCGGCACCAAAGAGAGGACCGAUAAGUUGCCGAUGCAGAACAUCCGGUCCAUUGUUAGCGAACCCAUCGACGAUCACCCGGAGUACCACCUGAUGGGCAUCCAAACGGGUCCCACCGAAGCCUCCAGAAUAUGGCUCUAUUGGGUUCCCUCGCAGUUCGUCGACGCCAUCAAAGACACGAUUCUCGGAAAGUAAACGACAUUUUCGCGACAUUUUUGUAAAAUUGACUUAAAAUUUAAAUUAAAUGACACGAAAGAGAUGUACAAAAGUAAUAAUUUGUAGAAAAAAAAACCCAUAAAGACGUUAAUAUUUAUAAUAAAAACUAAGAUGUUUCUAAUAAA